GAAACCAAAACUAUGACACUUCUUUAAAUGCCCCACCGGCUCUGCAGAUAUUGCACCCCUCCCGAUCAGCAUGUUGAGCGACAGUCAAACAGCGGUAAUGCGCAAGAUGGGCGGUGCUCACUUAAAAACUUAAAUCGUCCAUCGCGCUUUCCUCUUGCCUUUAACCACAGGCUCUGAUUUAGACGGGUGACUCAAGACGAGAUCACAGCAGCACGACACGCCACGGAGGAAAUGAAUGACACUGAGAACCCCUGGUGUUCCCGACCGCCUCCCCUGGCCAUCGACAUUAUUAAGGGGCUGGACAUGCUGUGGAUCGUUCUCUAUGCCGGGCUGACGCUCAUGGCCUUGCUGUCCGUGCUGCUCUACCUGGAGGAAUGUGUCUACUUCUUCCAGAAGCUUCCAUACCCCAAGAAGACUGCCAUCAUCUGGGUGAAUGGGGCAGCGCCGGUCAUCGCAACCAUGUCCUGCCUGGCUAUGUGGAUCCCCAAAGCCACCAUGUUCACAGACCUGACCUCAAACUCGUACUUCGCAAUCGUGGUGUACCAGUUCCUGGUUAUGAUGAUAGAGGAGUGUGGUGGGGACAAGGCUUUCCUGCAGCGCUACAGCCAGAACCAACUCCGGAUCAGCACCGGGCCCUGCUGCUGCUGCUGUCCAUGCCUGCCCCACGUGGGCAUCUCACGGAGGACGCUGUUCAUCCUCAAGCUGGGCUCCUACCAGUUUGCGCUGCUGAAGACCAUCCUGAGCAUCCUGUCCAUCGUUCUGUCAGCCAACGAGAACUUUGACCCUUGGAAUACGAACAUCACGGGAGCUUCCAUCUGGAUCGGUCCAUUCACAGGCAUUCUGACCAUCGUCGCCCUCUGGCCGGUCUCCAUCAUCUUCAUACACCUGCGUGACACCUUGAGGGACCUGAAGAUAGUGCCCAAGUACGCGAUGUAUCAGAUGGUGCUGAUCCUGACCCAGCUCCAGACAGCCAUAAUUAACAUCCUGGCUAUGUAUCGCGUCAUUCCCUGCUCACCACCCUUCUCCUCGCAGUAUAGAGGAUACUUGAUGAACCAGCAGCUGUUGAUCGCGGAGAUGUUCCUCAUCACACUCGUGACGCGCCUGCUGUAUCGCCGUGAAUACAGGCCACUGCCCACAGCUCCACACCCCGAGGAGAACGGGGAGGCCAGCAUCAUCCUGCAAACAGAGCUGAGAGACAUGACGGCGUGACCUCCGGGCGACACGCUGCCAGUAUACCCGAAGGAGUGAGCAACGUCAUUAAAUUUGUCACAUUCCCAUUGUGUAGCCAAUGCUUUCUUGCAAACUCAGUCUUGCGUCUGUCCUGUGGUUCCGAAGUCUGCCAGCGAGGUCCAAGUUUGCCCUCAAAGUUCUGAGCUUGUUUGAGCUUCUGAGUUUGCUUCAGCGGCGAGAUCUCCAACUAAAGCACAGAGGCUGGGGACUUCCUGAGAAAAAGCUUUUUGCUGAACCUAUCUGCCAUGAAAGGAAGUGCUUCAUGCCAACGAUGAGGCUGCCCUGAGCUGGCACCAUGUAACCCAGUAGACUAGCAAAAACACCCUCGGGGGCAAAGUGGGAGGAAUUUCCCAUAUUUCAUGCUGCCACCCCCCCAAGUUGAUUCAUACUGCUGCGUCAAUGCCUUACCUACUAUACCUAUGGACCCUGUGCCCCUCCCCAGAAAUGUAACUACAGGUCACAGUGACACAGACUGCAAGUACUGUGAUUGGUCCAUUUUUCAUAGCGAUCAUUGUUCAUUAUGGGAGCGAAGAAAGCGUACAUCCCAGUUGUACUUAUGUAGCUGCUUGAAACUGAAGAGCUAUUUAUAUCUGGCAUUAAAUAACCCACCCUGGGCAUCAUAGCAACAGGUCUACGAAACACUCAGGAUGACGGCAUCAAUUUCACUUACCUCCAUAAAGUUUGUGCUUUACAAGACUAAAAAAAAGUAAAAGGUUGUAUAGUUGUAUAGUGUACUAACUAGAAAAUGCAUAAACAGUGACUUUGUAGCAGUUUGACAUUUUUCCAAAUUUGUGUACAGGAUGAUUGGAGCAGUACAAUUGUAACCAGAACUCAGUAAAUGUAUACUUCAUUAAAUGUUUUUUUUCUGUUUCAAUUGCAUGAUUCAACAAUUGCAUAUUGCAGGAUGGGAAGACAAUAAAUUCAACAUUCAAAGCUG